UGGCCACAUUCUGCAGUGCAUGUGCAUAUCAUGUUUCAGAUAAUACCGUUGCAAAUUUUAAUGUAUAUAUAUCUCUUUUAAUUGGCCGUUUGGCUGAUGCAUGACUGUAAACAGGCCUGUUUUUAGCUGGCUGCAUCGAAGGAUUCUCGCUUGGACAUACUGUAGCUCAUAGCUGGCAUGGCGGGAAUCAGUACAGACAAGCUGUCUGUCAGAGUGCUCGUUGCAGACGACAAGUCAUUGCGAAGAACAUGGGAGAUAGUUACUUUCAAUCUGUCCGUUUAGGAUUUAGACUCCAUGGUCGAACAGAGUUGAAAGAUGCAGAGGACCCCCUUCCAUCAUUCUCUGACCUUGAGCAACGCCUGCAGCCGGUGCUUCCGUGUCGGUCUCUAAAGGAGUCCAUAGAAGUGUACAAAGACCACUGCAAGAUGGCCAAUGAGUUCAACCAGGUGAAACAUGAAAUCGCCUGGCUGGAAGACAGAAAGAAAGAGCUCAUGGCAGAGCUGCUAGAGGAUGAAAAGGCUACGAUGGAGUUUGUGCAACUGGAGGAGGAAUACAGGAUACUUACGGAAGAGAACCGGAACCUGAUAACAGCCCACAGCGAGCGAGCGCAGCAGCUCGAGAUGCUCCGAGUGGUCAGUCAAAAGAGGCAGGGCUCCUCGUGACCUUUGACACCAAUCCGAAAGAUCUUUCUCUUCUGGGUCUUUACUACAGCUUAUAAACAUCUCAGCGUUCCUUUCCGCUCUGAAGUGGAAAACUGAUCUUGAAUCAGUGUGAUUAGACUGAGACACUCAAUCAAUGUAUAUAUAUAUAGUAUUUUAAGCUAAUAUGGGUCAUUAAGAGCAGAUGGUCUUGUGGCCCAAAGAUGAGGUGAGGGACCACCUCAAUUAUAUAUUUCUGAAUAUAUACUACUACUUUGUGUGAUUUAAGGGCGUGUUUGUGGAUGCACUCACCUAUAUUGUACAGUUGAAAUUGUAUCCGUGUUUUACCAUGUAAACUGCUCUGCUGAAAAAGAGUAAAUGUUACUCUUGAGUAAAAGUUUU